CCAGGAUGGAAAGGAAAGUGAGAAGAAUCUGUCUCGCUUCUGAACCCAACAUAAGUUACUUUCUGCAAGUAUCUUGGGAGGGAACAGUGGGAUCUGGUUUUGUUAUUACAUUGACUGAUGGCCAUUCAGCCUGGACUGCGACAGUUUCUGAAUCAGAGAUUUCCCAAGAAGCUGAUGACAUGGCUAUGGAGAAAGAAAAAUAUGUGGAUGAACUGAAAAAAGCAUUGGUUUCUGGAUCAGGAGCAGGGGACACAUACAGAUUCAUCUUUUCUAGAGAGUCGUGCCAUUUCUGUCUUGAGAAAGAACUGAAAGAUGUCUCAUUUAGGCUUGGUUCCUUCAACCUAGACAAAGUUCCAAACUCAGCUGAAAUCAUUAGAGAACUCAUAUGUUACUGCCUGGACACCAUUGCAGAAAAACAAGCCAAAAACGAGCACCUGCAGAAAGAAAACGAGAGGCUCCUGAGAGAUUGGAACGAUGUUCAAGGCCGAUUUGAGAAAUGUGUGACUGCCAAAGAAGCCUUGGAGGCUGAUCUGUAUCAAAGAUUUAUCUUGGUGCUGAAUGAGAAGAAAACUAAGAUCCGUAGCUUGCAUAAGUUGUUAGAUGAAAUCCAGCAGCUGGAAAAGAACUUGGAACCUGACAGGGAAACUAAAAGUUCUGAAAAAACAACUGACCAAGAUGCAAUCUAUGAUGGAAGUACUGAUGAGGAAGAUGGAGGUUCUGUGCAGGUCGCAGCCACUCUUUGUAAAGAGGAUUCCUUAUUUUCAAGUCCUGAUGUCACUGACAUUGCACCGAGUAGGAAGAGAAGACAUCACAUGCACAAGAAUCUUGGGACAGAACCCAAGAUGGCUCCACAGGAGCAGCAGCUUCUUGAGAAAGAAAGGCUUGCCUCUUCACUGCCUCACACGUUGAAAGAAGAGCACACUUCUGCUGAAAACAUGUCUUUAGAAACCCUGAGAAACAGCAGCCCGGAAGAUAUCACUGAUUAGAUACAAAUCCUAGAACACAACAUUGGUGUUCAUUAAACUACAUUCUUUCUCCAGUUCUUUCAAAUGAAAAGACAGGCUUUCAGCUGGGCAGCAAUGGUUUCUAUGUACACACAAAGUGAAUUACGGAAAUAUAUGGUGAUCUGAUUGGAUGACAAAGGGACACUUUGCUCAACCAUUCUUGUUGCCUACUAAAUCUGAGUUUUGUUCCAAAGGGUACAUUUAUCAUAUUCCUUUACAUAUUAUUGUAACUUUCUAAUGACUCCUGGAAGAUUUUUGGUGUAGGGAAAAAAAUAAAGAUCUUUUUUAAAAUGUUCCUAAUUCUUUUUGAAUUGCACUUUAAACAACAUGUUUGAAAAGUUAAUUUAUGAAGUGACCCAUAUAAAAUAUACCUUUAUGUUGUAUGUAAACAAACUGAAA